UAUUCCAAACACCACGUAACAAGUCUCCUUUUGACUGGACCAUUUCCAUCAUGGGCUGGACCCAUGGCUUGUUGUGUCCCUGCUUUUGAUAAUUUGAACGAAUUGAAGCUGGUUCUUCAUGAUUGCUACAACUGGGAUUUGCUAACAGAGUUGCUCAAGAGAUCACCUAAUCUGGAACAUCUAUUCUUAGAACAUGAAAACGACGAAGAAUGUAUAUGCUCGGACGAAGAAUACUCAGAGGAUGGAUCCUCAAAGGUAGAAUACUCAGAGGAUGGAUGCUCCAAUGCUGAAAAAUGGAAUACCCCAGACUUUGUGCCUAUAUGUUUGCUGUCACACCUCAAGACUAUCUCCAUAAGGGGAUUCCAAGGGCACCUGCAUGAGAGGGAAGCGGCAAAGUAUUUGUUAGCGAAUGGUGAAGUUCUGCGUAAGAUGACUAUUUAUACAGGUGAUUUUCUGCCUGCAAAAGAGAAGAUAUACAAGGAAUUUUCAAUGUUUCAAAGGGGUUCAAGGACUUGCCAGGUAGAAUUUAUCGAAGAAGCAGGUUCUAGCUUUGACAACGAUUAUGUUUACUAAUUCCAAUUCUGGGUUUUAGAAAGAAUCGAAUUUAUACAAGAUGCAAUUUUUAGCUUUUAUAACGAUUUUAUUUUGCAAGUCCAAUUCUGUCCUAGAAGGAUUCUGCUUUGAAAGUUGCAAAUUUAAGAAACUUGUUUGUUGAUCUUAAGAUGAAUCUAUUUGCAGUAUUUUUCUUC